AUGGCGGAGCCGCCCCGCGGAAGCGGCGCCGCCCCGGCGGAAGGCGGAAGCGGAAGGGCCGCGGCGGGGCGGGGGACGGAGCGGGCCGGAGCGGUCGGGCCGGGCCGGGCCGGGCCGGGCGGACACCAUGGGGCGCGGCGGCGGCACCUUCGAGCGGCUCCUCGAUAAGGCCACGAGCCAGCUCCUGCUGGAGACGGACUGGGAAUCCAUCCUGCAGAUCUGCGACAUGAUCCGUCAGGGAGACACGCAAGCGAAGUACGCCGUCAACGCCAUCAAGAAGAAGGUGAAUGACAAGAAUCCUCACGUGGCCCUGUACGCGCUGGAGGUCAUGGAGUCAGUGGUUAAAAACUGUGGCCAAACAGUCCAUGAUGAGGUGGCCAAUAAACAGACCAUGGAGGAGCUGAAGGAAAUACUCAAGAGGCAAGUGGAGACAAGUGUCCGCAGUAAGAUCCUGUACCUCAUCCAGGCCUGGGCUCACGCCUUCCGCAACGAGCCCAAGUACAAGGUCGUGCAGGACACCUAUCAGAUAAUGAAGGUUGAAGGGCACGUCUUCCCGGAGUUCAAGGAGAGCGACGCCAUGUUCGCUGCAGAGAGGGCUCCAGACUGGGUGGAUGCAGAGGAGUGUCACAGGUGCCGAGUGCAGUUUGGUGUUGUGACGCGCAAGCACCACUGCCGAGCUUGUGGGCAGAUCUUCUGUGGAAAAUGCUCCUCCAAGUAUUCCACCAUCCCCAAGUUUGGGAUUGAGAAGGAAGUGAGAGUCUGUGAGCCCUGCUAUGAGCAUCUCAACAAGAAAACUGAGGGUAAAGCUGCUGCCACCUCUGAACUGCCCCCUGAGUACCUGACCAGCCCCCUUUCUCAGCAGUCCCAGCUUCCUCCAAAGCGUGAUGAGACAGCUCUGCAAGAGGAAGAGGAGCUCCAGCUGGCUAUUGCCUUGUCUCAGUCAGAGGCUGAGGAGAAGGAGAGAAUGAGGCAGAAAACAACCUACUCCGUGUACCCUAAGGCUGAGCCCACUCCUGUCACAUCCUCGGCUCCCCCAGUCAGCACACUCUACUCCCCACCUGUGAAUUCCUCUGCUCCCUUGGCCGAGGACAUUGACCCAGAGCUGGCUCGGUACCUGAACCGCAACUACUGGGAGAAGAAACAGGAGGAGGUUCGCAAGAGCCCCACACCGUCAGCACCCCUGUCCCUGACAGAGCCAGCUGUGCAGCCUGGGGAAGCCCACCCUGCCCCUCUUGGAGUGGUUGAGGUAAGAGGGGGCCUGGGCCUGGGUCUGGCACCCACUGAGGGGCAAGAAGCACCUGACUCUUGGGCUCUGCAGGCCAGCUGCUGGCUCUUGCACUGGGAGGUCACAGCUGACUGGCUGCUCCAUCCUUUCUUCCAGCAGCAGUACCAAAAUGGUGAGUCCGAGGAGAACCACGAGCAGUUCCUGAAGGCACUGCAGAACGCGGUCACCACCUUCGUCAACCGCAUGAAGAGCAACCACAUGCGAGGCCGCAGCAUCACCAACGACUCUGCCGUGUUGUCCCUCUUCCAGUCCAUCAACAACAUGCACCCACAGCUGCUGGAGCUGCUGAACCAGCUGGAUGAGCGCAGGCUGUACUAUGAGGGCCUGCAGGACAAACUGGCCCAGAUCCGGGACGCGCGUGGGGCUCUGAACGCGCUGCGGGAGGAGCACCAGGAGAAGCUGCGCCGUGCCGCGGAGGAGGCAGAGCGGCAGCGCCAGAUCCAGCUGGCACAGAAGCUGGAGAUCAUGAGGCAGAAGAAGCAGGAGUACCUGGAGAUGCAGCGUCAGCUGGCCAUCCAGCGACUACAGGAGCAGGAGAAGGAGAGGCAGCUGCGCCUGGAGCAGCAGAAGCAGACCAUCCAGAUGAGAGCCCAGAUGCCAGCUUUCUCACUGCCUUACGCUCAGCUCCAGGCCAUGCCUGCAGCCAGUGGGGUGAUCUACCAGCCCUCUGGGCCCACCAGCUUCCCUGGCACCUUCAGCCCAGCUGGCUCCGUGGAGGGCUCUCCCAUGCACAGCGUGUACAUGAACCAGGCUGCACAAGGGGGAGCUGGGCCCUACGCUGCCAUGCCUGGCACUGAUCCCAGCAUGGUGAAUGCCUACAUGUACCAGCCGGGCGCCAGCAGUGGGCAGGGGCCUCAGCAGGGGCCGGCAGUGCCCACCACCACCCCUGCAUAUUCGUCCUACCAGCCCACACCCACGCAGGGCUACCAGACUGCAGCCUCACAGUCACAGAGCAUCCCAGCCAUCUCCCAGGCACCCCAGUCAGGCACCAUGGGCUACAUGGGCAGCCAGUCUGUCUCCAUGGGCUACCAGCCCUACAGCAUGCAGGGUCUUAUGUCUGCCCUGCCAGGCCAGGACACAACUCUGAGCAGCCUGCCAGCCCAGCAGUCCUACCUGCCCGGGCAGCAGCCCCUCUACCAACAGGUGGCCCCAGCUGGGGGGCCCCCCCAGCAGCAGCCCCCAGCAGCGCCUGCCCCCGGGCAGCAGCCCCCGGGCAGCGCGGAGGCCCAGCUCAUCUCGUUUGACUGAUCGCGGGCACAGGGCUCCAGUGUAACACUACUCUUCAUCCGAAAUCACUCUGUACUUCGACUACUCGUCCUGCCCCCCGGCCCCGUGCCCCAGGGGCGGUGGGGCCAGAGGCUCCUACUGCCAGCUUUGGGGACCAAGGGGCAGGGGUGCAGCCCCCCACGCCCUGUAGCUCGGGGCAGCAGCCCCGGCUCACCCACCUACCCACCCACCCCGGCAGCUGGCGGCCCCGGGGCCGGGCGGGAGCUCGGCCUGCCCCUGUCGUUGUCCCGGGGCUCGUGGCAAGGGGCCCCGAGGGCGCAGCGCUCCUGCCCAGUCCCGGUGCCAGCUGUGCCCCAUCCCUGCUGUGCCCCGCUCCCUGCAGCGCCCUCGCGGCUCCGGCGCUUCGCUGGCCGGGCCUGUCCCUGUCCCGGCGGAGACCGAGCGCUAUCGGUGACAAUAAAGUGUUGGAACAAAC